UACCCGGACCAAGUAGGCGACGAUUAUCUCAUAGAUUAUUUGAUUUCGAAUUCCGAUAUGACACCUGCGAGCACGCCGAACAGCGAAAUAGACAUAAAUUUCGAUUUCGAUGAUUUCGCAAUCGAUUUCGAUCAAAAUGUAACUAAAACCACAGAGAUCGAAGAAAGUUUCGAUACAGAAACGUUUACUACGGAAAGUUCGUUCGGUGAACCGGUAACGCGCGGUGAAUUUUCUCAGUUUUAUGUCCCGCCUCCUUUCCACGGCGACAAAAUCAAUGAAACGUGUAUUGGUUUCGAAAGUAUCGAUUUCAGUGGAGAUAUAAUCGAUGGUGCUUUUGUUAUGGAUGGUUUGAAAACAGAAGAAAAUAGUGUUAGUGACUACGAAUGUCAUGGUUUUUUACCACCGGUUGAUACUAUUAAGAAUAACGUAAAUUUUAAUAAUUUUUUACGAAAAACCACAACCAACGAUUUGGAAUAUAUAAACCAGGAUUCAACUGGCGCCAAUUGUGACUUUGGUCAUUUAUUAGGUUCAAAAUGUUCGAUACAGUUCAUUGAUAACAGUACUAUACAAGAACCUACCCCCUAUUUCGACAUUCAUAGAGAUAACCAAAUGGUUUUAACACAAAGCGAAGCUCUAUUAAAUGACGAUCCUCUCCUGAGCGCCUCAAAUCCUACCUCUUCAAUCAAUAAAAGGAAAUAUGCUAAAGAAAUUGAUGACAACGUUUACGAAGAAGUGAGUAGUACCCUCAAUGUUCAAUGUAAAUGGGAAAAUUGUUAUCAGUUUUAUGAAUCUCAAUCGCUUCUCGUGAAACACAUCGAAAAAUGCCACGUGGAAUUGAAAAGAGGAGAAGAAUUUACUUGUUAUUGGUCUAAUUGUCCAAGGAAAACGAAACCUUUCAAUGCCAGAUACAAGUUAUUAAUACAUAUGAGAGUCCACAGUGGAGAAAAACCUAAUGAAUGUCCAUUUAAAGGAUGCAAUAAGGCAUUUUCACGUUUGGAGAAUCUGAAAAUUCAUCAAAGAAGUCACACCGGAGAACGACCGUACGUGUGCCAGUUUUCGACGUGUCCAAAAAGCUUCUCGAAUAGUUCAGAUAGAGCUAAACACCAAAGGACGCAUUUUGAUACGAAACCUUACGCCUGUCAAGUCGUGGGUUGUCCAAAAAAAUACACCGAUCCUAGCAGCUUACGAAAACACGUCAAAAAUCACACUUGCGAAGAGCAGAUGCAGAUUAAGAAGAAAACUAGCAGCGAAAGUUCUACAAUGAGCUUCGCCACUCAGUCUUUGGUCAAAAAGUUUUUAGAUCCUAACAAACAAAAAGCAGUUAAAAAUCCUAAUUUUUCUUAUUCCAGCAAUUUUGAUCAUAGUUACUCUACUAAUUAUAUCGUUGAAAGAAAAUACGACAUUGUUAACAUCAAACAAGAUUUGAAAAAUAAAAUUUCAGAAAAAAGUAAACUUAGAAGAACUUGCUGCUGAAUGUAAUUCAAAAAUAGACUGUUAUGUAAAUAAAUUUGAUUAUUUUGUUAAAUAUUUCAUUUUAUAGGUUUUAAACUUGG